AUGCCACCUAACAUGCCCGGGCCCAUCAUCGCUCAAGCCAGACGCCUCCAAACGAGAAAUAACCAAGUAGGACAAGAAGCAUCAAAUGUGGUCUCCUCGCGCUCGACACUUAGGCAGCCAAAACGCCUUCGGAAACACCGCCCGCGACAUCCGCUGGACGUAGCCGCGCCGCCACCAGCCUACCAACCACCUCAAGCCUCGAGCUCAAACACCCCAGAAGGAUUGCCGGCAUACGAGAUGAACCCGCUUUUCGCCAACUACGACCCACAAGGCAAAAGUACCGCCUCGCAGUACAAUGUCACGCCUGACAUUGAGGCUAAGGAGUCAAGGGUCCUGCAAGUGGUGAAUGAAGACGUGAUCAGAAGAGCGCAGAAGCAGGAGCUCAGGCGCCAAGCGCAGAACUACUGCAAUGGAGCUGCGGCUGUGCUGGUGGUAUUGUUUGUGGUGUAUCUGAUUUACAUCAUUGCCCAUUUCUCGGUCAAGGGAAAGCUGCAUGGUUGA